GUGUGGCCACAACUCAGCCUCCUGCACUUCCCUCCUGUCCCUGCUCUUAUCGACUCAGAGCAGCUCAGGAUGCAGCAUCUGAACACACAGCUGUGCCUCUCCUUGCUGCUGCUGUCCUUGGGUGGGUCCCAAGCUCAGAAACCGGGAUACAAGGUGCAGGUGCAGAGCCAGGUGAAGGUGCAGGAAGGGCUGAGUGUCCUGGUGCCCUGCUCCUUCUCCUACCCCAGCAAGGGGGCAGGUCCAGAUUCCUCUCCAACUCAUGGCUACUGGUUCACAGAAGGAACCAACACAGUCACUGGGGAACCCGUGGCUUCCACCAACCCAGCUCGACCCACGCAAGCCUGGACUCAGGGUCGAUUCCAGCUGCUGGGGGACCCCCACAGGAAUAACUGCACCCUGUCCAUCAGAGAUGCCCGGAAAGAGGACCAGAGAACUUAUUUCUUCCGGGUAGAGAAGGGAGAGAAGCUGAAAUAUAAUUUCCACGGGGACAAGUUCCGGCUGGAAGUGGCAGCCCGAACUCAGCCACACAUCUUCAUUCCUGAGACCCUGGAGCCUGGGCAGGCAGUGACCAUCAUCUGUAUGGUUCCCUGUAUCUCUCAGCAAUGUGUGGCCCCUUCCAUCUCCUGGUCAGGGCCUGCCCUCUCCAGCACUGAGAGCAGACCCCAGACCUCCUUCCUGUCAGCAAUCAGCCUCACACCACGCCUGAGGGACCAUGGCACUCAGCUCACCUGCCGAGUGAACUUCAGAGCUGGCAACACCGUGGAGAACUCUGUCCGGCUGAGUGUGGCCUGCGCCCCCAGAGACCUGGUGAUCACCAUUUUACGUGACAAUGCCCAAGGUGGGAGGUCCAGAGGCAGGGCUGGCCCGGCCCUGGAGAAGUGGAAAGCCCAGGAGUCCAAAGGAAACAUGACCUGCAUGGAUGUCCUCAAAGGCCAGUUUCUGCGGCUGCUCUGCACUGCGGCUGGCCGGCCUCCCCCCACGCUGACCUGGGUCCUGGGGAACCGAGUCCUCUUGAGGUCAAAUGCCACGCACCCUGGAGCCCUGAUGCUGGACCUGCCUGGGGUGAAGAUCAGGGAUGCAGGGCGCUACACUUGCCACGGGGAGAACAGACUAGGCUCCCUGCACCGCUCUCUGGACCUCUCUGUGCAGUACCCUCCGGAGGCGCUAACAGUGACCGCUUCUCAGGGAAACAGCACAGAGCUGGAAAUCCACAGGAAUGGCUCGUCCCUCCAUGUCCUGCAGGGACAAAGCCUGCGCCUGGUCUGUGUCACCCGCAGCCACCCACCGGCCACCCUGAGCUGGGCCCGGGGCUCCCAGAUACUGAGCGCCCCCUGGCCCGCAGAGCCUGGGGUGCUGGAGCUGCCCGUGGUUGAGGCAGAACAUGAAGGAGAAUUCACCUGCCAGGUGCAGAACCCACUGGGUGACCUACACAUCUCCCUGAGCCUCUCUGUGCACUAUGAGAGCUGCUUCUCCACAGCGCUUUUCAUGGCUGCAGGACUGAGCAUCAGUGCCAAGGCUGUCCUUUACCUCUGCCUCAUUGUUGUGGUCAUCAUGAAGAAGUUAAGGAAAUCAACCUCUGACAGAGACAUCCAGCAAGCAAGUUUCCGGGUGCAGCACUGUUCUUGAUAACAGCAUGGUCAAUCCUAAGGUCCAAGCCCCGGUGAGUGUGUGGCCCACCAGGCUGCUGAUUCACUCUGGCGUCUAAAUCAAGCCCCAUCUCCUACUUCUCUUGGGAGACAUAGGGAUGUUUGUUUGU